GGAUCCAAUCUUACAGGGGUCUGGGGGUAAAUUUACAGUGCACAACGUACAACCGCGCGAAGCAGGAAUUCCGGCAGUGUAGUGCACCGUUCCAUUAUAUAAUGACGACGACGACGAUGAUCAGGCUCUCAAACGCACGCUCUUCCAAAGCGGCAGACCUCAGCAAUCGAAGAGGCAAGGAUAAGGAAGUCUCGUUGCCAGCUGCUAGGGCACCGAAUUCUCCAUUAAAUCCAGCUUUUCAAAGCUGUUUUUGCAGCGGGAUGGAGGUGGUUUUGGAGCAGAAGGACGCAGGCGAUUGGCUUUACAGAGGAGAAGGCGGUGCCAAUAUCGUUCUUGCUUACAGCGGCUCCUCUCCUGCUUUUGUUGGGAAGGUGCUACGCAUACAAAAAGCUCCUAGGAAUGGAUCCCCUACACAUGUGUCUAUCAUUGAGGGUUGUCAUCCUGCCUUGAGUAAGGAUGAGUGCCUUCUAUGGAAAGAAACAGCAGACCUUGUGUCGGCCCCAACAAGGGAAAUUGUGAAGCAAAGAUAUGUGCAACAUGUAAUCAGUCCACUGCUAGGUUUCAAGCAUGUUGAUGCUGGGAUUCAAAUCCUUGUAUCAAGGGAGUUUCUAGAAUCGGUUGAAAAGAACGUUCUUCUUCAGCGGCCUCCUUGGCGAGUUGAUGCUGCCAAAGUCAACACCCUCUGUAACUCUGGCCUUCUAAUAUCGGAUCAUUCAGUUUUCCCCCAUGAUAAUCUUAAAGGGGAAUUCUGCAUAACUGUUGAAAUAAAGCCAAAAUGUGGCUUUCUCCCAGUUUCCAGAUUUAUAUCUGAAGAAAAUGCAGUUAAAACGAGUAUAUCUCGUUUUAGAAUGCACCAGUCAUUGAAGUUGCAUCAUAAAGAGAUAUCAGAAAUAAGUGAUUAUGAUCCACUGGAUAUGUUCUCUGGAUCCAAGGACCGCAUACAUAAAGCAAUCAACGCUCUCUUUGUCACUCCACAGAACAAUUUUCGUGUUUUUUUGAAUGGUACCCUCAUAUAUGGGGCCUUUAGUGGUGGGGCAGAUGGGGUUAAUUGUGUGACUGGUGAAGCAUUUCAAGAUGUUCUCAAAUGCGUGAUUACAGCAGAUGAUGGUCUACGUAGAACAAAUUUCCCACACCUUGUUACUGAAGCUGUUAUUGGAUCGGGUUUGCUAGAUUGGCUUCUCAAAGUGCAGAAGCUUGAUGUUUUUGACAUAGAAGGGGUAAUUCAUGUGUACUAUGAUGUAAUUUCUCAGCCAUGUAAAGUGUGUAGACAUUUAGGUGACAAAAAACUGUCAGAUAGGUACAACUAUUUGCAUUCAAUGUCUUUGGAAGAAAAGCUGAGGAUUGUGAAGGAUUAUUUGAUAGCUGCAACAGCAAAGGACUUGAGUAUGAUGAUUAGCUUCAAACUGAGGGACAGAGAUAUCGAAUCUCCAUAUAGCAGUAUAUUUCUAGAAGCAACCAACCAAACUUUUGAUUACAAGGUAUCUUUCAUUGAUCUUGACAUGAAGCCUUUGAAGAAGAUGGAACACUAUUAUGCAUUAGACCAACGGAUUGUCAGCUUCUAUACACAGAUGAUGAAAAAAGGGCAUCCAGUGGGAAAACCUGUGAGUGCUGAAGCUUUCAGACCAUCCAACAUUGUGGAAGAUGCCCAUCAGAAUGGAAAUCCUUCUGCUUUGGAUGCUUAAUCGCUGACACAAGGAAGGAGACAGACCAGGCUCUUACUCCACUACAAGGAAAGCGAUAUUUCAACUACUUCAGUUCUUUUUCCAUCCUGAACCGACAUGAUAUUUAUUCAUACUACUGGAUGUUAUGUUACCUUGUUGAAGGAAUGGCGGCCAUAUCGAGCAGCAAGAAGAUGGAUUUACCUUGUUUAGCAAAAUUGAAUUCCUAAGCAGAAUUCAAUAGAAAACUAGUGUUUAGAUUUUUUCUUUUUCUUUUUUUUCUUUUUUUGUUCUAAUAAACUGGCUAUACAUGUCGGAACCAUGAUCUGUUGUGAUUCAACAUGUAUUGUUCAGCCAUAAGGUGAGUGCUAUGAGGUGUUAUUGUUAGUGUUGCAAUGCUGUUGUACAACACCCACAAUGAGCGCGAACAUCAUUCCUAAUAGAUGUGGUGCUUGAGUUUGAAGGUAUUGGGCCAUUCACCAGUGUCUUUUCUAUAGGGGUCUGACACUAGGGUUCUGAUUCAGUUUUCUCCUAAGCUUUUAUUAUAUUUGCUGUCAUGUUCUCUACUUGUUCUAAACAUAGAUUUUUAUGCCGGCAUAAAAUGAUGACUCCCAAAGUCAUGUCGCAUGUAAACAGCCCCGAUUCAAGUA